CUCAGGGGGCAGAAGGGAAGGGAAGAAAAGAACAAUUAAAAUUUAAAUAUAUAUAUUUAAAGGUGGUAGUGCUGGGGACUGAGAAGUUUUCAGUAGCCAGGUAUAUUCUAUUGCCGAAAUGAGUGUGUGUGUGUGUGUGUGUGUGUAUGUGUGUGUAACGUAACCAGGAAUGUUUGUCUGACAUGCAGCCUCGCGUUUAAUAGUUAAUGCGCUUCGGCUGGUUUAACAUGUCAAACUCCGAGAAAAAGUUGAUAGGGAGAAGCAAAAAGCUGUAAUUCCAGAGGAAAGGAGAGGCUGCCUAAUUUUGACCCAGCUCGUUAAUCUCCAUUGGAAAGUUUCUCGAAUCAGCUGGGGCACUAACAAGUCAAUUGGAUUCACCUGUAUUUCAAGCGUUUUGGGCAAAGAAAACCGUAGUGGAAAACCAGGAGCAGGCAGAAAGGUCGGUUAAGCUUAAGAGUUGGAAUAUAUAAAAUUCUCGAGUGUCAGGCAAGAAAUCUGAUAGUGAAUCAAGGCUACAUUUCAUCCAGUGAAGAAAAAAAAAAAAAAAAGAACUGUAUUUUCGUAACGGCACAGCCAGCAAGAUGAACGGCGCCUUGGAUCACUCAGACCAGCCAGACCCAGAUGCCAUUAAGAUGUUUGUGGGACAGAUCCCCAGGUCCUGGUCAGAAAAGGAGCUGAAAGAACUUUUUGAGCCUUACGGAGCCGUCUACCAGAUCAACGUCCUCCGGGACCGGAGUCAGAACCCUCCCCAGAGUAAAGGUUGUUGUUUCGUAACAUUUUAUACAAGAAAAGCUGCACUUGAGGCCCAGAAUGCACUGCACAAUAUUAAAACUUUACCUGGGAUGCAUCAUCCCAUUCAGAUGAAACCUGCAGAUAGUGAAAAGUCAAACGCUGUGGAAGACAGAAAAUUGUUCAUAGGAAUGGUUUCAAAGAAAUGUAAUGAGAAUGAUAUCAGGGUGAUGUUCUCUCCAUUCGGCCAGAUAGAAGAAUGCCGGAUCCUCCGGGGACCCGAUGGGCUGAGUCGAGGCUGUGCGUUUGUCACAUUUUCUACAAGGGCAAUGGCACAGAAUGCAAUCAAAGCCAUGCAUCAGUCUCAGACCAUGGAGGGCUGCUCCUCGCCCAUCGUGGUCAAGUUCGCCGACACUCAGAAGGACAAGGAGCAAAGGCGCCUGCAACAGCAGCUGGCCCAGCAGAUGCAGCAGCUCAACACUGCCACCUGGGGGAACCUGACAGGACUAGGUGGCCUCACCCCACAGUACCUGGCGCUUCUCCAGCAGGCCACCUCCUCCAGCAACCUGGGUGCGUUCAGCGGCAUUCAGCAGAUGGCUGGCAUGAAUGCUUUACAGCUGCAGAACCUGGCCACGCUGGCAGCUGCAGCAGCCGCAGCCCAGACCUCAGCCACCACCACCAACGCCAACCCUCUUUCUACCACGAGCAGCGCCCUGGGAGCCCUCACAAGCCCUGUGGCGGCUUCAACCCCCAACUCCACAGCUGGUGCGGCCAUGAAUUCUCUGACCUCUCUUGGGACUCUGCAAGGACUGGCGGGAGCCACUGUCGGGCUGAAUAAUAUCAAUGCACUAGCAGUUGCUCAAAUGCUCUCAGGUAUGGCGGCUCUGAAUGGAGGACUUGGCGCCACGGGUUUGACGAAUGGCACAGCGGGCACCAUGGACGCCCUCACGCAGGCCUACUCAGGGAUCCAGCAGUACGCGGCCGCAGCACUGCCCACUCUGUACAGCCAGAGCUUGCUGCAGCAGCAGAGCGCAGCGGGCAGCCAGAAGGAAGGUCCAGAGGGUGCAAACCUCUUUAUUUACCACCUUCCACAGGAGUUUGGAGACCAGGACAUUCUGCAGAUGUUCAUGCCAUUUGGAAAUGUUAUCUCUGCUAAAGUCUUCAUUGACAAACAGACCAAUCUGAGCAAGUGCUUUGGUUUUGUAAGCUACGACAAUCCAGUGUCUGCGCAAGCUGCUAUCCAGGCUAUGAAUGGCUUUCAGAUUGGCAUGAAACGCUUGAAGGUCCAGCUGAAGCGCUCCAAAAAUGACAGCAAACCUUACUGAUCCUAAACCCAGAGGCUCCCUGCUCUUAUUUUAGCUUUCUUAGGACAUCUUCAUGCCCGUUAGUUCACCGUUUGCCUAGCAUGUCCCUGUGGCGUCUCAAAAACAGUUUCAUCGUCCCGUCAUUGUUUCUGAUGUCUUUCUGACCUCACAUCAUAUUUGGUUCUCCUACUGACCUUUGAUCUAGUUUGAAAUUUGCAUGUGACCUCAUCUAGCUAUGAAUUCUGGGAAGUCAAUGUGAAAAACAUUGCUGCAUUCAUGCAAGACUGAAAUUUAUUAUUAGACAAAUUAACUAUAGAAGAAAAAACCUGUGGCAAAAAUGUUUUCUUUAUUAUUUUUUCUUUCUUUUCAUAAAACAGACUUGAAAGUAUUAUACAGGGAUUGGCAUUCUUCCCGGUCACUGGUAACAAUAGCAAUAUGUGUCCAGGGACACAGAAUGUUGGUUUCUAACAGACUACUUCCAAAAACAGUUUGAGAAAAAAAAAAACUGUCUGAUUUUAAGUCUCUAGAGGUCUGUAAUAGUUUUUACAUUUUUCAGGCAGUGUAAAGUUUUUUGAUAAGGCCAUUUUAGGUGGCUCACUUUCUCAUUAAGAUAUAUAUAUAGAACCACUUUUUGUAGAUUAGUAUAAGAAAAAUAUUUACCCUGUUUUGGGGCAAAUGCUACCUAUUUGUGUCACCUUUUGCUGAACUGACUCACAGUUAGACAAUCCAUGGUUUAAUGCACAUGAAAUUACCUAUAUUUUAUACUGUUUCAAUGUACAGGAGAAAGGUUACUGUAAGCUGUGUUACGUUGGUGCUUCUGUGACUUCAGUUGUGGUUUCAUCACGAGUCUUACAGUCUUAAUGUUCUUUGUUGAUAAGACAAGUUUAGAAUUGGUUUACUUAAAAGAAUUUCAAAAAAAAAAAAAAACAUUGUUUGCUUAAAAAUUUUUCACGUGAGGGAAAAAACUAUUCCAGAAUAAGUUUUGUGUUGGCUUGUAAAGCAUUGAUGUCAUUUUUUUAUUGUGGACUAUUUAGAUGUGUUUGUGUUCAGCAAAAUGUGAUUUUUUUUUCUUUUAAAGAAAAAAAGUGAAAAUAUAUAGUGCCAAAUUCCAAAGGUACUUCCUUCCUAGAGCUUCAGUGUGUUUCUUGUGAGAAGUAAUUUGAUAACAUGGGUAUUUUAUUAUGUGUUUUGUAUAAAUCCCUAAUAUUUAAAAAAAAAAGGUUAAAGUUUGUUAACUUGCUAUCCUGUGGUCUUGUUGCCUGAAAUUGUUAUUGUUUGUUAUUUCUCUGAUGUUUUUUGUAAGACAUUGUAUAAGGCCCAUGUCUCACUUUUCUAACCACUCUGCACAUCAGUGCUGUGAAGGCAACCUCCCAAUGUAUUUUCUUCAUACUCUAUGGAAACCUCUAAGGUGAGAAAGUUUUGAACUUUUAACCCUUUCUACCCAGAGCUAUCUGAAAUGUUGAUAACUUUUUAUACUGUCAUCAUUUUAGCUUGUUUUGGGGUGUUCCUAAUUUGGACUUCUUUUCCCUGCAUGUAUAUCUUGUUUGGGUUUUUUGUUAUCCUUUGAGAUCGAAAAGAAACCCUCCCAUUACUUUCCCAAGUUUAUUAUUUCUGGUCAUUUUUGAGGAAAAAAAUUCAGUGUGCUGCUGGAGUUCCCUCCUCAAUUUUACUUAAUUUAAAAACUUACUGAAUGAACCUUUGAGGGGGAAUGGUAGAUUUAGCACCUAAAUGAAAAAUCCUAUAGGCUUUUCAAAUACCUUCCAGUGAAACAAUCUUGUGAUACAGUUUUGAGGGGCUUUUUCCUUUUUUCUUCUAAUCAGCCAGUAUGCUGGGGAUUCUGACACCGGUGGGUACCUGAAUAAGCAAGGUGUCUGGGCUUAGAAAGUAAUCAUCCUUUUCCCUCUCUCUCUCUCUUUUCCUGCUCAGUUCUUGAUCAGAGUUACUACUGACCAAAUACCUAGCACCAGUUCCAGCUGCCACUUCUGAAAGUGCCAUGCUACUUUGACUUUUGUUUGAUUUGAAUAGAUCUGUCUUGACAAAUGCCCCAUCACCCCUCCAAUAGAAAUCCUUGCCUUUCUGAAAGCAGGCAGCUGGUCUCUCAGUUCCCAAGCUGCUGGCUCUCUUCCCUCCUUCUCCCUGGUUUACUGUGUGUGGAUGCAAUAGCCCUGGGGUGAGAAGGACUAGCCUCUUUAAUGAUGCAAAAAAAAAAAAAAAUUCCUCCUUAUAUAGCACAUGCACUUAUAACAAAAUUAUUUGUAUUAUCCUCACACGUGUUUACUACUGCUGGGGCCUUCCUUCAUCCUUUGAGGGCUAUUUUGUAUUUCCUGCAGCAAUCAGCCUAGUAACAAACCCACACAUGUGUCUCUUCUACCUGAUAAGGUGGUGUGUGUGUAGAGAAACACAAGAGCGCACCAGCUGAAGCUCUCGUUAUUUUAUCCCCCACUUCUCCACUGAUGAGUUACACACACCUCCAGAAAAGGUUUCCAGUUUCCUCACUGCACAAACUGCUCUGCUCUCCCCUCCCCAGGACCCUGAGUGCAGCUGAUGGGUGGCUGCUACAGACACCCCAGGCAAGGUCAGUUAGGAGGGAAGUCCUUUUCCUGGUUUGCUUGGGAUUUUUAGUUUUAUUUAUUUACACAUCUCAUUUGAAAAAGAUAACCCUCUUAAGAGACAAGCUGUCCUUUUAUUCAUAGUUUAUCUUUUUAAUAUCAAAAGGAAAAAGCUGCAAGGGUGCAAAGGGCCUAUACCACCAGGAGAAAAACACAUAGGGAAACUUUUUUUUUUUAAAUCAAGUGUGGAGAGUAGUGAUUUUUAAACUAAAUGAUAGCAUUGUGAUAAAAUGGCAGUCCUCAAAGGUGUGACAAGUUCAUCUUUCUUUCACCAUAGGGGUUAUAGUUCUUUGGCUUGUGCUACUCUGGAAUCAUUUUACUGUUUGUUUUUAUUAUCUUAAGUGCUAAUUAAGAAGAAAUAAAAUUUAAAAAAAAACCUGUAGUUUCAUUACCUUUUUGAAUAAUGUCAUACAAAAAAUGUAUUUGUGUUUUUGUGCUGUGAGAAUUGUUGUUUGUAGAUUAAUAAUACCAUUUUGUUUAGAAAUACAAAAUAGUUUUAAAAUAUUGUCUGAGAAAAGCCAAAGUCAAUGCAACCUAGUGGAAACUGUAAGACCAUUUGAGUAUUGUUUGUUUUAUUGAUGCAUUUGGAUUUUGUUGUUUGAUGGAAUUUGAGCCAAAAAAAAAAAAAUGCAGGCUUUCCUAUUUCUACAACUGAUUGUACUUAUGCAUUUUGUACCAGUGGAAUUUUUUAUACUGGAGAUUAAAAAAAAAAUGGAAAUUUUUGUGGCUUACUCUAGUGGGCCCCCUGACAAUGACUGAUUUCAAGUAUGAUUUCUGGUUGAUAGAAAGAAAGUUGCUUUUCUUUUGAGAAUUAAAAACUUUGGCUUGGUUUCUUUUUUCCCUUUGCUUAUAUCUAGCAUUAGAAUUUUGUCUUAAAAUACAGCGGUAAGUUUCACUUUUUAUUCUGUAUUGUGCAGUUACACAAUAAGGUAAUUAGAUUUAGAAGUACUCAGUCACUUUAAGUGGAUAAAUGUAUUACUUAAAAACUUUAGUGGUUUGCUUUUUUGCUGUUUAGAUCAAAGUUUUUUCUGAUUCUUCUGUCUUCAUUGUGAACAUAACCGUGUAGUUGAAACAGUCAAACUUAUUUUUGUAACGUAUGUUAUUGUGUGAUGCGGUUUUUUGCUUCUGUCUUCAAUAUUAAACCAUUUUCCUAAUACUUGUUUCUCUCUCUGCGUGUUGUAUUGUUGGUGGUCAUUAUGUGUUGGUGAUGCAUCUACACACCUCACUGUGUCACGUAUCUGUUUUUUUCUCUAUGUUGUGUAAAGAGAUACAGUCGAUUCCACCUAAGUGAAUAUCUGAUUUGGGGAUGGGGAAACUGCACACAAGCCACCCUUCAUUUUAUAUACACACAAUCCACGACUUACAAUUUCCGCCUAUAAAGCUGGAUUUGCCGAGCCGCUUUUACAGAUAGGCUUUUGAACCUAAUGGUAAAUCCCACCUUCACUUCUGCCCACUUCCUAUGGCUAAAUGUAGGCCUAUUUGAAUAAAUAAAACAUUAGGACCAAACAAUCAAUAAAAACUGCUGCUGUAUAACCCUCAGAAAUUUGAGAAAUAGUGUGGGGGGGAGGGGCUUCUCUAUUUACUCAAGUCCAAAGGCAAAUCAUUACAAGUAAACAACUCUUAGAAACUCACCCCAUUUGCAAAAGAGGUGCGCUCUCAAAGAAAAACUAAUCAUACCUGGUGACUGAAAGAUAGAGAAAGAAUUAAACUUGAAGUCUCUGUGUUGUCAUCCAACCAACAGAUAUGUAUGGAAAAGUGAUUUAAAUAAUUAGUUUCAAUAAUUAAAGCUGCCCCUGUAUUCAAUUAGCUCUUAAUAAUACUUCCAAGUGCUGAAAUGGAAGCUCCACUCAGCCCGGUGGGGGUGGGAGGGGGAGAGCUAGCUAGCUUCCAUGGUCAAGCCUUCUUAGCACUGUCCAUUUCCAAACAAGAGGGUACUGUAAGCACCCACACUCUCCCUCCUGGAUGAAUGGUUAGUUUAAAGCCUUGCACCCAUUAUCACCCCAAUAGUUAUCAAAAAGUUCUAAAGAGAAAACUUUCCCUUACGCGCCCUCUAGUCACAGGCCCACCCUCUGCCCAUCUCUUAUGCUCAGGAAUCUGACUGCUCUCCAAGUGCUCUUAAAAGAUUCCACUGCUGUUUGCUCCCUGUGUCUUCUCACUCCUCCCAAUUUUCACACACACAAACUGACUCAGGCUCCACAGCACCGGGCCUCUUCUGGCUGCCAAUGAGUUGUUACUGCAGCUGUUACUCAGGCCCUUCACCCUCCAGACCUGAGACUGAAUCUUCUAGCUGACUCACUCACAGGGAGGCCUGGUGGGGGCUUAGGGGUCGGGGAGCAGGCUCUCCCCUAAGACCAAACACCUCAGUGAAGUGACUUCCACCAGCUCCCAUCCACACAGAUAGGAGCAGACUUCCAGCCACUACUUCUGCUUUAAGUCUCAGCAAAGCCUUCAUCAAUUUGCCUCUGAAGACCCACUAUUUACAUUAGUGGAAAAAGAGGGCUGAGUGUGAUUUUUUUUUUUGGGGGGGUGGAAGGUAUGGAAAAGGGGGGAAAGAGGAUGAUCAUUCUUGCCGAGAUGUGUUUAUUUUUUUAUACAUACAAGAAUACAAGUCUGUCCUCCAUUUGGCACAAGGCAAAAUACUCACAAUAAGUAAAAGAAGGGAAAGACAAAGCCACUUUGUUGUUUUUGGAAAAACAAGAAUUCUCCAAAGAAGGGGACAGAAACGCCGGUUCCCCUAAGCACUAUUGCUGUAAAGCUGGUCCCUGCUUAAACUGACACUUCUGUUUUGAUUCUGUCAACCCCUGUUGCAGUAUUAGUAAGGCACACCUGUGGGCCAAGCAUGGCUGACCCUGGGAAGUCACACAAUGUCACAUUUACCUUGCUGAUGGGGCCACAGGUCUGCCUAGCCUAUAGAGGUUACCUGCACUCCAGGGACCAGGACUCUUAGUGGACAGGCUAGAAAACACAGUGAACCUAAAUGUGAAUCGUUCCUGAUAAGUGAAUAAAACAUUGUGACCGAACAAUCAGCUUAUUCACUUAUCAGGAAUCGACUGUUCUGCUAAUUCGCUGUUUUUGUUUUUCAUCUCUGUUGUAGAUCACUAUUUUUGCUGUGUUCUGUUUUCUCCUCUCAUGCUUGGGCAAAUAUCACUGGGAUUAUCUUCAUGUGACCAUGAAACGUUUAUAUCGAGUGAAAAAUGAUACUUAACAAAAUCUAUGCACUUGCUAUCAGGAACACAAUACUGGAUGUGUCUUAUAUAUAUUGAACUAUAUAGUACUCGAUUUCUUAAAUAAAGCUUAAGAAAGGA